AUGCUCUCUCGCGUCCCUCGCGCUCUCCCCUCCGCCAUUCGCCCAUCUCUCCGCAUCGGCCGGAUCGCAGUCGCAGUUGCAGCUCCCACAGCGCUCCAUUUCCCCCUUCAAUCGAUCCCAGUGAUUCAUCGCGGAUUCCACGAGACCUCUCCCAUACGCAAGGGUCUCUAUCCCGACUCGUCCGAUCCGCCAGCCCCGUCGCCGCAAUCGAAUAACGUCGCCGGUGCCGCUGCCCACGUCACCGAGCCGUCACCAUUGACCGAUGCGCAGUACCAUGAGUACGCCGAACACUAUCUAAAUGUGCUCCAGACAGAGCUGGAAAAUGCCCAGGAGGAGGGGUCGGAUAUGGAGGCAGAAUAUAGCGCCGGUGUCUUGAACAUCUCCGUCCCAGCAGUGGGAACCUAUGUCCUGAACAAACAACCCCCCAACAAGCAGAUCUGGCUCAGUUCUCCCAUUUCCGGCCCCAAACGAUUCGACUGGGUGGUUGAAGGCGACCAGAUGCAUGAAAAGCAAGAUACGCGACCGUUUGUGAACGGACAAUGGAUCUACCUUCGCGAUGGUUCGAACCUGACUGACCUGUUGAACUCGGAAUUGACCCUCAGCAUUCCGAAGGAUAUUUACAGUGCCAUUCAGUGA